CUAUGUCAUGGAGUCUUUAUUUCCUGGGAAGAUUCCACGAAAUACAGGACAAAGUGUAUCUGGAAUUACAGAGCAUUUUCGAAAAUGACAUGAAUAAAAAUAUUACAGUUGAUGAUUUGCUGAAAAUGACUUAUUUAGAAUGCGUUAUAAAGGAGUCGAUGAGAAUCUGUCCUCCUGCUCCUGUCAUUGCAAGAGAAAAUCUGUAUGAAAUAAAAAUAGAUGAUUAUAUUUUACCACCAAAAUCUUCUAUCUCAAUUUGCAUCCAUGCUAUUCACCACAAUCCUUCUGUUUAUGAAAAUCCAGAAGUGUUCGAUCCAGAUCGUUUCCUGCCCGAAAACUUUAAAAAACUUCAUCCUUAUGCUUUUCUGCCAUUUUCCGCUGGUCCACGAAAUUGUCUCGGAUUUAAACUUGCGAUGGUUGAAAUGAAAACCAUAUUAGCUAAUGUUCUUCGGAAUUUUAAAGUUUACUCUUUGGAUCCUC